UCAACAACAACAACAUUAUCAUCAUCAACGGCGGCUACAGAAUUUCAAAUGAUGUUAACUACAUCAUCAUCAAAUUCGAUUGCUUCCGUUGCUGCUGCUGCUAAUACUGUUCAAAUGGUCAAUCCAAAUCUUCAUCAUAAUCAUCAUCAUCAAUAUAAUAAUCAUCAUUCAUCAUUAAAUCAUCAACAAUCAAUGUUACAUCAACAUCAGGGACAAACUACUUCGACAAAUACAAUUACUAAUGCUACCACUAAUAAUAAUAAUAAUAAUAAUCAACCGGCACGUAAAAAACAAUCAACAAGGGAUCCAUAUUCACAUCGUAUGAUUGAAAAACGACGCCGUGAUCGUAUGAAUAAUUGUCUAACUGAUCUCAGCCGUUUAAUACCCAAUUCUUUCAUUAAAAAGCAAUCAUCAUCAUUACAAAAUCGUGGUCGUAUUGAAAAAACUGAAAUCAUUGAAAUGGCAAUCAAAUAUAUUAAACAUUUAUUAGAUAUUUGUCGUCCAUUUAUUAUCAAUGAUGAUAAUAAUAAUGAUAAUAAUAAUAUUGAUGUUGAUCAUAAUAAUAUUAAUCAUAAGGAUGAAUUAAUUAAUAAUAAAAUGAUUAGUUAUGAAUGA